AUGACCGAUUGCGCGGCGGAAUGUUCGGAAGCACUGGAUCCUCGAGUUCAGAUCGAACUAGAACGCCUGAACACAGCGACAGACGAGAUCAACCGUCUUGAAGUAGAGCUCGACGAAGCACGGCUAGCGUUUAGACGGCUUCUGGCUGAGGGCCAUCUGAAGAUACAACAGCUAACCAAGAAGCUAGGCACCAGCGUGCACAAGGCGCGGCCUUACUAUGAAGCCAGAUUUAGAGCUAAUAUUACUUCCCAAGAUCUCCAGGCCGCAACCUUGGCCUAUGAUAAAGCCAACAGCGCCCAUGCAGCGGCUCGGGAAAUGGUUUACUUGGCGGAGCAGGGGCUGGCGCGUCUCGCUGAGGGCAGCUCCGGAGUCACGCUCGACCCUGCCUGGCAGGAGAUGCUCAACCAUGCCACGCAUAGAGUCAAUCAGGCGGAGCUGGACCGCGCCAGCACGUCGGUGACGCACCGAAGCCGCGCGGCAGCGCACCGCGCCGCUGCCGCGCUCGUACAGCAGCUCCAGAAUUCCCUCAAGCGACACAUCGCCAAGUCCAGACCUUACUUCGAAGAGAAAGCCCGGAUUAACACAGCACUAGAAGCUCAGAAAGCCAGAAUCCACACGUUGGAAGAACAGGUGUCGGAAGCUAAGCAACAGUACUCGUCAGCUCUGAGGAAUCUAGAGCGCAUCUCUGAUGAAAUACACAAACAUCGCUCUCGAAGACAGUCUGCUAAAAAUGACAUAGAUCAAUCCACGAUAACCGACACGGCGAGCGACACGAACACUACUAACAGCGACAAACUUGAGGAGUUGUGCGAGAACAGCACCGAAGCCAGUGUCAGGGAGUGGCUGCGGCGAGCCGCUGACGCUCAAAGACCCAGGGGGCUGCCCGAUGGCUCUGACACCUGGACUGAGAUAGACCUGGACUAUUCCAGUCCUGAAGAGGUUAGCUUCGAGAAAUGUUCUCUUCGUGCUCGCUCGACGCCAGAGAAGUGGUCCCCGCCCAGCCCCGUGGAGUCCCGCGCGUCGGCCGCGUCCCCGCGCCGCAUCAUCACGGCCCCGCGCCGCAUGCCGCCCCUCCCACUCCCCCUCCCGCGGCCCAUGCCCGAGCACGCGCGCCGACAGAGCCUGGACGUGCUACUCCACGAUACCGGGGAGAAGGUCAAAGAAAUGUUCCAAGGACUGUCGCUAUUCGGCGAGCGUCGCGGCUCGUCGUCGGCCCCGCGCACGCCGCGCCGCGCCGCCUCGCCCCGCGCGCACUCGUCCGCGAGCGACGAGCGGUACUCCGACACUGAUAGUCUGGCUAGCGUUGAGAUGCUAACAGACGAUCAGAUAGCAUCUCUGAUGUUGGACGCGCAACUGGAAGCCGUGUGCGAGCGGCUGGCGGGCGUUGGCCGCGCGAGGGAUAACCACUCGCCCGAGCAAAGAUACUGA